UCUCCUUCCUUUGUUCCUCCAUGGAAAAGAAAAAGUUAAAUAGAAUACUUGAAAAAUCCCAUUUCCUCAAAAAUCCAAACCUUUCCUUCUAAAAAGAUAAAAUCUUUUGUCGUAAAUUACCCAUUCUUCUUUCAUUUCGCAUUUCAGGUUUUUUUUUCUUCUGACCGGUUCAAUCACCCACUCUUUUGUAAAAUUUUAAUUUACCCAAUUUGAUUUUGAUCAUGUUGAUCGUUUCUGAUUAACAAGGUUUACAUUUUUAUCUACAAAUCGGGAGAUUCUUUUUCUUUUUUCCUUUUGCUGUUGUAACACUAGGGCUUUUUUUUAUGAUCAAUUAUAAUCCUUUUGUUGUAAAGUUCUUAUUUUCAGAGGGUACUUUGGGGGAUUUUAUUGCUUGGAGAUGAUGGAGAACAGUGAAGAAUCAGCAGUGGAUGAUCAAGGGUCAGGAUGGUUUCAAGUGAAAAAGAAGCACAGAAGCAGCUCGAAGUUUUCUGUACAAAGUUGGGUUGGGGGGUAUUCGACCAAAAAUGCUAAUAAUUUGGUGAGAGGUCAGCCAUUGUCAAACAAGAAGGGUGGAGCUGUGCAAGGAAAAUAUAGAUCUUUGCUUCGAUCAUCUGGGGGGAAUUCAGAUGGACAUACCCAGGAUGGUUUUGCAAAUUCUACUGCCGAGUCAAAUGAAGAUGAAAAGAGCGUGAAUUAUCUAGAUAAAUGUGUUCUUAAGAAAGACUGUGAAGACCCCACAUCCCCCACUUCUUUUGUCAAAAAUUCUAAUGGCAGCUGUGCAGUUAACCCAAAAAUUCUAUCAAAGGAUAAAUCCCAUAUGGUUCACAAAAUCAAGUGGGGUGAUUUAGAAGAAAAUGUUCUGGUAGCUCAUCAUGAAAACAAUAUUGGAGCUGAAAUCAAGUUCGGCGAUAUUGGAGAUGAUAAUGUGCUUGGCUGUUCAAAGAAUGUGAAUACUAGUAAUUUGAUUUCGUGUUCUUGUACUGACCUCCAAGAAAACACAGUAGAAGCAUCCAUGGAUGACAGAAGUCAUUCUUGUGAGGUAUCUUCAUUGACUCCUAAGGAUCAAAUAAUGGAAGAAACCUGUAAAGAGGUUAAUGAAGUGUCUUCAGAAAUUGUGGAACCACAGAUUGAUAAUGAAAAAAUAAUUUCUGCCGAAGACGUUUAUAAGGACAUAAACACUCAACACAUCAAACCAAUAGAGAAUAGUGAAGUAGAUCCUAGUUUUCUAUCUUGUCAAGCCUCUGAAACGGUGGUUAUACCUGAGGUGCCUGAUAUCAAGAUGGAGGUUGGCGAGCCAAAAACAUGUGAAAUUCCUAUUGUAGAUGGUGAUUCAAGCAUCGAGAUGGUUUCACUGGAUGCAGUGUCAUUUCCACCCGAGAACAUUGGACCUGAAACCUUGAGACAAUCAAAUGUGACUGAUUGUGUACAGGAUGGUAAAAAACCUGAUCUGUCAAAAGCUCAAAUUAUAACUGCCCUUGGAGAAGAUGAUGCAGGAGAAAGCAAAGAAAGGUUUAGGGAGCGGCUGUGGUGUUUCCUUUUCGAGAAUCUUAAUAGGGCAGUAGAUGAACUUUAUCUUCUUUGUGAAUUAGAAUGUGAUAUGGAGCAGAUGAAGGAGGCUAUUCUUGUUCUUGAAGAGGCUGCUUCUGACUUUAAAGAAUUAACUACAAGAGUGGAAGAGUUUGAGAAUGUGAAAAAGUCCUCUCAAUUGGCUGACGGUGUGCCAAUUACUCUAAAGAGUGAACACAGAAGGCCGCAUGCACUCUCAUGGGAGGUUCGUAGAAUGACAACUUCACCUCACAGAGCAGAGAUACUGUCUUCAUCCCUAGAGGCUUUUAAAAAAAUCCAACAAGAGAGAGCUAACCGACUUUCAUGUAACAGUAUGAUGUCCCUGGGGCAGGACAAUUCCAAUUGUGCUUCUACAUCUGGUGAUAAUUUGAAGAAGCCACUUAUGCCGUCUGAUGUAACAUCCGUCGAUAAAGAGUUGGGGAUAAAGUCAAGAAAACUCCGUGGAGGUUCAGAUCUUACUCAAGCGAACCUAAAUGGAGAGAAAAGAAGCAAUGAAUCAGGCAAGUCCAGCAAAUUAAACUCUGUUCAAAAUGGUCGUGACCCACCAAAGAACUAUAUCUCUUCUGAUGUUGCUUCAUCUAGGUCACUUCUUAAGGACAAUCCCUCCGCAUCUGUUAUCGGAAAGAGCAGGAGAGAAUAUCUUGGGUCUGAAACUGAGAAGCUGCUUUCUAGGAAAGAUAAAACAUUAACAGAAAAUAUUGUUGAAAAAAAAUCAAAAAUUUUGGAUCAGGUUAGGAGGCAAGUUCCUCCUGAUAAGGACAAGGAUAAGAGAAAUGCUACUUCAUGGAAAUCCAUGGAUGCAUGGAAGGAGAAGAGGAAUUGGGAAGACAUACUUUCAUCUCCCUUCCGUGUUUCUUCUCGUGUAUCUUACUCACCCGGAAUUGGCAAGAAAAGUGCUGAACGUGUCCGUAUUUUGCAUGACAAACUAAUGUCCCCUGAGAAGAAGAAGAAAACUCCAGUUGAUUUGAAGAAGGAAGCAGAGGAAAAGCAUGCGCGGGCAUUGAGGAUCCGAAGUGAGUUGGAGAAUGAAAGAGUUCAAAAACUUCAGCGCACCUCAGAGAAACUCAUUCGAGUCAAUGAAUGGCAGGCUGUUCGGACUAUGAAGUUACGAGAGGGAAUGUAUUCCCGUCAGCAACGUAGUGAAUCACGACAUGAAGCUUUUCUUGCAGAAGUUGUGAGGAGAGCAGGUGACGAAAGCAGCAAAGUUAAUGAGGUUCGCUUCAUUACUUCAUUAAAUGAAGAAAAUAAAAAGCUUAUGUUACGUCAGAAACUGCAAGAUUCAGAGUUGAGGAGAGCUGAAAAACUUCAAGUGAUGAAAAGUAAACAGAAAGAAGAUAUGGCUAGAGAGGAAGCUGUUCUAGAACGCCGAAAGCUUAUUGAAGCUGAAAAGUUACAACGUCUUGCUGAGACACAGAGGAAAAAGGAGGAGGCUCAGCUUAGAAGGGAAGAAGAACGGAAGGCAUCAAGUGCAGCUAGAGAGGCAAGGGCCAUAGAGCAGCUUCGGAGAAGGGAGGAAAGAGCUAAAGCUCAGCAAGAGGAAGCUGAACUCCUUGCACAGAAGUUAGCUGAAAAACUAAGUGAAAGUGAACAACGUCGUAAAUUUUACCUUGAACAAAUACGGGAGAGAGCUUCAAUGGAUUUUAGGGAUCAGUCUUCGCCUUUACUGCGUCGGUCAGUUAAUAAGGAGAGCCAGGGCAGAUCCACACCAACCAACAGUGCUGAGGAUUGUCAAGCAAAUGGCAGUGCUAUGUUAGGAAACUCUGCACUUGCAGCAGGCAAUAGUGCUUUGCAACACUCGUUGAAGCGAAGGAUUAAAAAAAUUCGACAAAGACUUAUGGCUCUGAAAUUUGAAAUUUCUGAACCUCCUGCUGCUCCUGAAAAUACUGGUAUUGGAUAUAGGACUGCAGUGGGAACUGCUAGAGCGAAAAUUGGGAGGUGGCUUCAGGAACUUCAGAAACUUCGACAAGCAAGAAAAGAAGGAGCCUCAAGUAUAGGGUUAAUUACUGCAGAAAUGAUCAAGUUUCUGGAGGGAAAGGAACCCGAGCUGCAUGCUUCUCGCCAAGCUGGUCUGCUUGAUUUUAUUGCUUCUGCCUUGCCUGCUUCACAUACAUCGAAACCCGAAGCUUGUCAAGUGACGAUACAUCUUUUAAAACUUCUGAGGGUGGUGUUAUCUACUCCUGUGAACCGGAGUUAUUUUCUUGCUCAGAAUCUUUUACCUCCUAUGAUCCCCAUGCUGUCAGCAGCACUUGAGAACUAUAUAAAGAUAGCUGCAUCUUUAAAUCUCCCUGGAAGCAGCACCUCACUUUCAUGCAAAACAUCUCUUGAAAAUUUUGAAUCAGUCUCUGAAGUAUUGGAUGGUUUUUUAUGGGCCGUCUCCUCAAUUAUUGGUCAUGUAAGCUCUGAUGAACGGCAACUCCAAAUGCGGGAUGGCUUGCUCGAGUUAUUAGUUGCCUAUCAAGUUAUUCAACGGUUCCGAGAUCUUUUUGCACUUUAUGAUAGGCCCCAGGUUGAAGGGUCCCCAUUCCCUUCAUCUAUUCUCUUGAGUAUCCAUCUACUGGUUGUUUUGACAUCCAGUCCCGGAAAUAGUUGCAUCAAUUGGGAAUCCUUACCUAUUGAAAUGGAACCAGGUAGUGAAAGUCAAGAAACUAAGAUUGCAGCAUCUGUGGAUUCUAGAUGUUCCUUUGUAAAUAGCAGUACUGGAGACAUUAUCCCUCAAUUUUGUGCGCUGAAUGGUAGCACAGUGACCCAGCUAUCUGAAGUACCAGAGGAUAGACCUUUGGAUGAACCUUGUGGAAUAAAUAAAAAUGAUAAUCUAGUAUUCAUCGGAAAAGACGGUGAAAAGCAGAUGACGGAUAGUUCAGUUGAGUUGAACAAUCUUAGCACUUCCAAGAUGGAUGUUACAGAUGCAUCACAGAAAACUCUGGUUGAGCAAAAGGAAGAGAAACCUGUCAUAGUUGCCAGGGAGGAGAAACCGAAUGAAAACAUAUCAAGCUUGAAGCAACCAGUGGCAUUCCUUCUUUCCGCUAUAUCAGAAACUGGAUUAGUGAGUCUUCCUUCCUUGUUGACUAGUGUGCUACUUCAAGCAAACAAUAAACUACCUUCUGAGCAGGCUUCAAAUGCCCUUCCCUCUAAUUUUGAGGAGGUAGCAACUGGAGUGCUGAAGGUUCUGAAUAAUUUGGCUCUAUUGGAUAUUACUUUUAUACAGAGAAUGCUGGCAAGGCCGGACCUGAAAAUGGAGUUCUUCCACUUGAUGAGUUUCCUUCUUUCUUAUUGCACAAGCAAAUGGAAAGCAGCUAAUGAUCAGAUUGGUUUGCUUCUCCUUGAAUCCCUGCUGCUUCUUGGUUAUUUCGCAUUGUUCCACUCCGGGAAUCAAGCUGUUCUUCGAUGGGGUAAGAGCCCCACUAUCCUUCACAAGGUGUGUGAUCUGCCAUUCGUGUUCUUCAGUGACCCAGAAUUGAUGCCAGCAUUGGCAGGGACGCUUCUUGCGGCCUGUUAUGGCUGUGAACAGAAUAAGGAUGUAGUUCAGCAGGAACUAAGUAUGGAUAUGCUACUCUCCUUGUUAAGAUCUUGCAGAAGUAUCUUACCAACCGUCAAAACAUCCAAUCCCCACCCGGAACUUCUUUUAGCAGACGAAUCGAGCGAGUACAACCAGCAGGGUUCUGAUAUAAAAAGAUCUCAGGCUGAUAUUCCCUUAAAAUCUAGUCGAUACAACACCAGAAACACAAGGAUCACUGGCGGAAAGGGCGGCACCAUAGGAAACAGCCUCAAAUUCAGCAAGGCGAGAAACCAAAGAGAUUGCAGAACAACCAAAACUUGUGAAGAAACAAUUACCAGACAUAACAAUAACCUGCCAGUUUUGGGGACAUCACUAACGUUAUACUGCAGAUUCCCGAGCAACUUCAUCGACAGAGCUGAGCAGUUCUUUUCAGCUGGGAUCUCCGAUGACAGAACUGUGAGUUAAACUAACAUGAAAUACCACUCAUCGUAGUUUGACAUAUACAGGCCUUUUUCCAGUGGGUGAGUUCAUAAACCCUAAAUAACUGCUACAGUUGAUCAAGAUUUUGUUCAUGAUUACUGAUUUUCACUAGGCUUUUUCCCAAGCUAUCUGUGGUUAAAUAAAUUCUUUUUAGGGAAAAUGCUAACCACUGCCUGUGUAUUAAAUGAAAAAAAGAAUGGUAACUCGUAAAAUUAUUAUUGAUUAAAUAAUCCUUAAUGUCUAUAGGCAAAAAUGUUGGCUCA